AUGUAUAAUGCUGUGAACGGCGCGAGACGUGCGUUUGAUUACAUGAAAGUCAUGACAACGAAGACCGCGAAGACUGACAACUCUGGACCCGUUGUGUUGGAUCCGCACAAACGACUCUUAAUCCGAAACCAAUUGCUUCUGAUUCUGCACUCGAAGACAUGUCACGACCACUCGUGUCCGAAAGCCAACUGUUCCACAAUGAAGUCAGUCCUACAACACGUCCACACCUGUACUGCCGUGAAUUCAUGUCCAAUCGCUCACUGUAUGAGCACUCGUCAGAUCGGUUCCCAUUGGCAGAACUGUGUCCGCACAGACAUGACUUGUGAGGUCUGUUCCCCAUAUAAAGAGCGCAUCGCAUCCCUACGGAAGGCCGCUAUCGCACAGCAAAGUGCGGGAACUGCUGCUGAAGGGACCAAACACUGGCACUUAUGGAUAACACCGGACGUACGCAACCGUAUGGUCGAGAAGUUGGUGUCGGCCCUCAUCUCUAACUCUAAUGGCCACGACUUGGAGGACAUGACUGUGAAACACAUGUUUGAUUACGUCUAUGGCAUCGAACAAGAGAUCUAUAAGUCGGCCGAAAGUCUUGUUCAAUACCACCAUUUGUUUUGGCGUAAGAUUUAUAUCGUUGAGAGUUAUGCGAAACGUUUGAGACAAUCGGAUGGUUCUGUGAGUGGUGUGACCCAAGGCUUUGACUGUCUUGUCUUGGAAUCGGUGUUAGAGGCGGACAAUGACUUUAAAGCUAUUGUUUUGAACUAGAAUUUUAUUUUUCAUUGCGUUUCGUUCAUUACUUUUCAAAUUUUAUAUAACAUUUUGGUAUU